AAAACAUGGAAAAAAAGGAUUAAUGCGGAGGAAACAUAGUCGCCGUUGGCCCGAGAGACUCGCGUGCUGGUGCUCUGAGGUACCGAUCGUGAAUCGCCAUUCGUUGCGGUCGUAGCAAGCUCCCCGACACGUGUUCCUCUGAUCCAAACCCCCUUUUGUCCUCUGAAAGAAAACCUUUUUUUUUUUUCCUAAUUCUGAUAGACACUAGUCAGUCCAGUGGACAAGACACAGAGAGCAUUACAGGGGAAGGAGAAAAGUGUUCUCUUUUCUUGCCUGUCGCCGGUUUCGGGAUCUUGGGAAGAGGGUUUGUUGCUGAAUCGGUCUCCGGCGACCGCAGAAGAGAUUCCGGCGAGGGGGAAUGGACGAAGAAGGAGCUUGUGAUGAGAUUUCUUUUGAGCGGAGGGAGGAAUUCAGGGUGAGGAAGAAUGGGAGAAAGGACAAGGUCAUAAUUGAGAGGUCUGCAGCUGAAGGCUUACCUGAAGGAUGGAUCAAAGAGCUCAUGAUAAGGAGGAAGGCUCGGAAAUUAAGAAAAGAUCCACUGUUCAUCGAUCCUAAAAGCGGAUACAUCUUCCUCUCCUUUAAGGAUGCAUCGCGCUAUGUUAGGACCGGCGUGAUUGGAAAUCAUGCACGUAAACCGAAGGAAAACAGUCACAGCGAUGAUGAUUCUGGAAACGGAAAGAUCCUUUCCCUUUCAGUAUCCACUGGAGACGGAUCUCCAGGAAAUUCGCCGGAGGAGAAGAAGAUAAAUAUUUAUGUCAGAAACAGUAAACGAAAAAGCAUAUCUUCCGUGGAUGAACAUCCCGAUAAUUGUAAGACGAUUUCCAAACUAAGCACUACAAGUUCUCGUGUCCUACAAGAGAACGCGAUGGAAAAGGAACAGAAACAAGAUCCUACCGGAAGAGAACUUAUUCCUUGUAAUGAAAACGAUACCACUAUCCGAAUAGUCGAGCGUGUAGGAAAACGGGUUACUAGAAGCCAAGCUAAAAUGAAGAAGAACGAAGACAGACACGAGUUAGGAGGAAAAAGCCCUUCUUCACUGAAUUUAAAAUCAGAAGAUUGUAAUGUUAGCUCCAAGCUAAAACGUGCAAGUGUAAGCUCGCAAACUUGGGAGGAGGGAUCAGGUAAAAAGGGCAAGGCGCAAGAUUCUACCGAAAGGAAGCCCAUUUCUAGUAGUGAGAACACUGUUACAAAUUCCCGAGUGAAACAAGCGGCAGAAAGACGGAUUACUAGGAGCCAAGCUAAAGCGAUGAACGAUGGUAAACCCGAGUUGAAAAGGAAGACUGAUCUUAAUGAUGGUUUACCUCAGCAAGCUUCAAAAAGACUGGAACUUGAACCAAUUUCAGAACCGAAAACUAGAACCAGGGCUGUGCAAGCGCUUGCGGUUGAGCAAUCUGAUGAUGAAAGAGCCGGGCAGUGCAAGGAGCUCGUGUUAGGGGGGAAACCUGCUCUUGACAGUUGUGAAAUGAUAGUAAUGCCCCUCAGCCAAGCGGUAACUGAGAAGAACGAGGGACAUUCCUCCUCACUAAAGCAGAGUUCUACUUUAACGCCUCUUGUGUCAGAAAGGAAUAAUCAGGAGAUAGACAAAAAACUCGAGGGACAUUCUGCGAAAAACCCGAAUGUUGCCUAUGACAGGAAGAAUAAGGAGAUGGGAUCUCCUCGGGUAUCAACUCGUGGACGUCAAGCUGCUACUGCCAAGUUUGAGGAAGCAAGGAAUGGAAAAUGUGAGGGAGCAUCAAAAUCGGUUGCUCCUGCCGACAUUUACAAGCAAGCGAGGGAAAUUCCGCCGAGUGACGGGACAACAACAAUGUGCAGAAGAUCGGGUCGUUUUUCGCAGUCCAAACCGAAUACUGCGCCUAACAGUCAGAGAAGGAAUGUGAUCCCACUGACAUGGAAUCAAUCGGAGCAUCCUUCUAAGGCCGAAGAUAAUAUUAACCUUGCUUCUGUUUUGGCCUUGACCGAGAAGAAUGCCAACUUCGUCUCUGAACCACUUUCGCUUGACUCGACUCUCGCCGACUUGUGGAAAGAUCCUUGUAUCGCCUUUGCCAUUAAAACCCUAACUGGAGAAUCACUGGACCUUCCCAACACGGCAAAAGUCUUAACUGAGACCAAGACGGGUAAUGCAGUGGACAAUCAUGACGAACAGAGAGGAGUCACUUUCUUCCCCGGGAUUCCCAAAAGCAGUAACAUGAGCAACCAGAGACCCGGGUGCUCUACUGAAUUACCCGUUGCAGACAUUUGGAAAGACCCGUGCAUUGAUUUCGCCAUAAAGACCCUAACGGGAGCCAUACCGAUCGGGUUUGAUGAACAUGAGGGCAAGCCGGAAUCCACGCUCCCGACAACGCAAGCUCCCAAGGAGAGGCAAAGUGACUGUGUCCAUUCCCGUCAGCAGCAUAACUCGAAGCAGAAGGCUGUGUCGGGUGGAGCUUGUUUCCUCCCUCAGCAGGUGGAUAAGUCUACAGACCUAAGGUUUUCCCCUUCCUUCUCCAAUGGAUAUAACUAAAGCCAUUAGGGUUUUUCAAAUGGCAUGGUUUUAAAGCACCAUGCUUGGUUAACUUUUCUCAAUGUGUUUGUAAAUCAAUGUGUUAGGUUGUGUAAACAUGAACUGAACUCCUAACCCUGUUGACCUUCUCCUGUGUUCUUGUCAUAAAUGGAUGCUUUUCCCGGUUUCUGGUUCGGUUUGAAGUAAACCGGGCGUGAUAAAUACUGGGUAUGCUUUUCCUGGUU